AUGCAUCGUGCGCAGUUCUUUCUGGCCCGAGGCUGUGAGAAAGAUGUCCAGUUGGCAUUGAGGAAAUCGCUCUGGACAACUGACCCGUUCGUUGAGAAGUUACUCGCUGAAGCCUUUCGUCGAGCGCCAGUUGUAAUUUUGAUUUUUCUGUCAAAGAAAGCGGAUCACUUUGCUGAUCGAGCGGUAUAUGCUGCUUCGGAUGGUUGCGAGAUACAACGCGCCGCCGGUCAGCGGUUGUGCUGCUUGUUCCCUUUCGACGAUUCCGUUGAUCUGAAGGCGCUGCGAAGGAAGGCUGCGCAACAGCCACGAAAAACAAGCAGAAACGGCGUACCGUCAUUGCUUGAUUCUGAAAUAUCCUAUAGAGAAUUUCAGCACGCUAAACGGAACCUGCCCGUAAAGAAGACGUUAAAAGAGCUGCUGCAUGAAGAUCACCCGCCUCAAGUGUUGCUUUCAUCUAGAAGACACGAAAGUCGUAGCAGGAGAAGUAAUGCUCCGCCGCUUAUGGAUGUUGCGGUCCCACGCCCUGUCACCGCUUCCAGCUUCUCAAGCUCAUCAUCAUUGUGGAGGAAGCGACGAUGCUCACCGGUGAGAGUAUCACCAAAACGCCGUGCAGUGUAUCGCGAACAUCGUCACCGUUCCAGAUCCUCCGAGUAG